AACAUGGGAAAUAUUAUUGAAUCUUGUAAAAAAGAUUUAGAAAAUGGUAUUGCUAAUAAAGCCGAAGUAAACGAGAUUAUUGACAAAGCUAAUCAAAAAGCAAUAGAAGAAAAGAAAAGCACACUAUAUAAAUUUAAUUAAUAAAAUAAAUAAGAUAAUUAUUAAAAUUAAGAAAACAAUUAGUCUAUAUAAGAUAGUGAAUAUUCAUAUAGCCAAUAUUCUUAAUAUUAAGAAAAUUAAUAAGAUGCAAAAAAUAUAUACUAUUCUCAAACAUUUAGUCUUAAUUUAUAAAAUAAUAAUGAUAAAUAUUUUAGUUAAAAUGAUAAUCUUUAUUAUUAAAAUAAUUAUAAGUGCCAAAAAUUAGAAAAACUAGAAUAGUAGAAAAUUAGAUGGAACAAAGGAGAAAUCAAUGAUAUUUUUCUUGGAUCUGGCUCCUUUGGAUAAGUGUUUUAGGCUAUGAACUAAGAUACUGGAGAAAUAAUGGCUGUAAAAGAAAUAAGCUUUAAUGAAAAUAAUAUAUAGGACAAAAUAGAUAAAAUAAAUCAAAUUAAAUGCGAAAUAGAGAAUUUGAAAAAGCUUAGGCAUUAAAAUAUAGUUAGAUAUUUAGGUGUAAAUGAAAAAGAUAAUUAAAUAUGUAUAUUUUUAGAAUAUGUACCAGGCGGUUCAAUAUCCCAAUUAUUAUGUAAAUACGGUAAAUUUAAUGAAACAUUAAUUCGAAAAUUUACCGAAUAAAUACUUUUUGGAUUAGAAUAUUUACAUGUACAUGAAAUAAUACAUAGAGAUAUAAAAGGAGCUAAUGUACUUGUAGAUGAAAAUGGGAUUUGUAAAUUAGCAGAUUUUGGAAGUGCAAAGAAAAUAAUAGAAGAAAAAACUUAUAAUAAUUCUAUUCGAGGUACUCCAUAUUGGAUGGCUCCAGAAACAAUUAAACAAUAAGGAUCAGGACGAUUUGCAGAUAUAUGGAGUUUAGGAUGUACUAUAAUAGAAAUGGCAACAUAGAAGCCUCCAUGGAAUGAAAAAUCACCAUAUUAAGCAAUGUUUUGUAUAGCCAGUUCUAAAGAUCCUCCGGAAAUUCCUGCUUUUUUAUCAGAUGAUUGCAAAGAUUUUAUUUAAAAGUGUUUAAAAAUAAACCCUUUGGAACGAUAUAAUGUACGCUAAUUAUUAAACCAUUAAUUUAUAACAUAUAGAUAAAAAAGUUCUAGUGUAUCAAAAACAAAUUAAUAAAAUUAUAUAAAAGAGGAAAAUUUAUCACUAACUAAUUCCAAUAAAACCAUACAAAUAAUGAACCCAUAAAUAAUUCAAUUAAAUAUAAAUUCUUUAUCAAAGAAAAAUGAGUUCAAAAAUGAUUAAAAAAAUAAAUGGGUUAAAUUAGGGUCUAAAAGUGAAAUACCAGAAGAAUAAAAAUAAUAAACUUCGAAUGAAUAGCAAUUGAAAAAAAGCCUAGUUUAAAACUAAAAAUAUAAUGAGGCAAUUUAAAGGCUAAAAUUAAAAAAUAAGGCCAAAUUAGAUAAUGAAAUACAAAGUAACUAAAGCUAAAAUCAACAUAGCAAAAAUAAUAGCCUUAAUAAUAAAUACUAAAAUGAAUAAUAAACUGAUAAAAAUUAAGAUAAUGAAUGUCAAAUCAAAUUAUAAAGUAGUGAUAGUGAAAGCGAAGAUGGAGGAAUUAUCGAAAAUAUUGAUGAAGGUUAAAAUUAGAAAAGCUGUCCUUAAAAAAAAGUUUGA